CGUGUUAUUAUGAACCCCGACGCUUGUAGAAUCUUGCGUGAAGUUAAUUGCAAUGUUACUAGGGUAUUUAAAACCAACUUAAACUUAGAUCUACUUCAGAGAUCCGAGAAACAGCUUAGAUUAACAUAGAUCUCCACAUCAAUGAAACACUGAGGUUGGUUUCUGUUAAUAAUAACCAAAAGGAGCUUAAAUCAUGAUAAACCUGGAGUCAUCGGAGAAAAGCAGGAAAGACAAAUCUUCGCGUUUCCUGACUGUCUCGGCUCGUCUUUUUUGUUCAUUUCUGUUUCUCACCAUAUCUACCAGCAAUGGAUUUGCAACUAUAUUAUUUUAUAUAAUGGUUGGCCAACUAAAUCCUGUCUCAAACGCUCAGACAUCGCAUAAUAAAAGUUAUUAUUCCAACAUUAGUUCUAAUGUUUUGACUGACACAAAUAUGGUACAUACCUCCUGGGUGUUGGCUAUUAUACUAAGUCUUGCAUCUCCACAAGUAUACACAAUUCUAUCAUGUUGUUGGAUGAAAUGUCAUAAAAGAACUAACAAGAAGAAAACAGAUGGCAAUGGAACUGAAAACACAAACGAGGACAGCAACAAUAACGAUGACAAACGUAGAAGAUGUAAAGACUGGGUAUUAGUGAUAUCAUUCAGCAUUAAAGCAGCAAUAUGGACAUUAUUCAUUUUUUGUUAUUUACCAAGGGUUGACGCAGUGACAGGGUUUUCGACUGUAAUACUUUUACAAACCAUGUUAAUUAUGUCCCCCCAAUUUAUUAACAGACGCUUAGGUACAAAAUAUGACAACGUCAUACGAAUAAUUGCUUGCAUAGUGUGUUUUUCAAUGUUUGUCGCUAUCAUUCUGAUUCAGCUACUGAAUAGCACAAUGGGUACGGCGGAUAAAGUAACAACAUCUGUGGCAUUUCUCAAUAUGUUGGUAGCAAUCAUAGAAGUGGCGGUGCCACUCUGUAAUUGUAUGAAUAGAGUCGCGCCUUGUGCAAGUUAUUUGUACGACCAAAGUACAUCUAAUGCGUUCAGAAAAGAUAGGGGAAAGUUUCACAUCGCAGUAUCAAUUGUUCAGUUGGGUGUAAUAGUUUUAUUUGCGGCCAUUGCCUGUACUAUAUAUUGUGAACAACCCUUUGGUAUUUUCAAACCGACCAUGAAAUGUCGUUACGGAGACUAUGACACUUAUUUCACAUGGGAUGGAGACCCUACAGAACCAAUCUUGUUUGCAGUUCUGAUAAUUUUGUUUUCGUUUGUCUGCUUGAAAAUGUGUUACUACGCAUGUGCCAUCAACGUACAAGUGUACUGUUGUUAUGUUCCUUUGCUUCUGAGCACAGUUCUGACAUUAGUGCCGAUGAUAUACUUCUCACUUUUUGAGACAACCAUAUUCGGUUACAUAAUAUUGCCCAACAAGUUCAAAGAGGAAAUUGAGAUGUCAGUACAACUAUCAAUACCUGUUUCUGCAGCAGCUGUCGCUAUUCUUUGCGUUUUACUACUGGUUUUUAAUCAUAGAAAAAACCUGGUAAAACGAAUGGAAGAACAAGAAAGAUUCUUUCGCUAUCCAUAUUUUCAAUCAGUUGGAAUAGGAUUGUCCAUACUUCAGAGUCGAGUAUCUUACUUGAGCAACCUGGAAGAUCAAUAUAGAACAGACAGUACUAGAAAUGGAAACAAUACAACAAAGAGGCAUAUAUACGUCUGUUCUACGAUGAUGCGUGAACGUAAAAAAGAAAUGAAGAAAUUGGUGUCGUCAAUAUUACGACUACAAAGAAAUUCUUCGGAUGAAUGUACGUAUGAAGCACAUAUAAUCUUUGAUGAUGCUUUCAAUGAAGAGCAGCCAAACGAAUACGUCAAGCGCUUGGAAAAGGUGAUAGAAAAAGAUUUACAACAAAAUGCAAGCCAAUCCCAACAAAAUAAUACAAAUCAACAACAGAAUAGCCAAUCUCAGCAAAAUGAUAGCUGGUAUCAAAAAAUUGAAUAUCCUACACCUUACGGAUGUAAAUAUGAAUACUUAAAGAAGGAAGAGCAGGAAUAUACACCUUUAAUAUCUGUGCAUUUAAAAAACAAGAACAAAAUACGGAUGAAGAAACGCUGGAGCCAGGUCAUGUACAUGCUCUUUUUUCUGAGGUUCAAGCAAAAAAGGGAGGAUUUAGACAAUUGUUUUAUUCUAACUCUUGAUGGAGAUGUCGAUUUUGAACCAAAAGCAGUAGAACGUUUGAAAGAAUUGUUAGACAGAGACAGUCAUGUUGGCGCUGCAUGUGGACGCAUUUUUCCAGAAGGGAUGGGCCCGAUGAUAUGGUACCAAAAGUUUGAGUACGCGGCGAGUCAUUGGCUGCAAAAGUCCACUGAACAUGUGUAUGGAUGUUGUUUGUGCUCACCCGGCUGCUUCAGUCUUUUUCGUGGCAGUGCCCUUGACGAAGUGCUUGAUACCUACACAAAGAAACCAAAAAAGGCCCUUCAUCAUAUCCAAUACGAUCUCGGCGAGGAUAGGUGGCUUUGCACUCUGUUAUUAAAACAAGGAUAUAAGGUAGAAUAUAUGUCUGCAGCUACUGCCAAAACAUUUGCCCCACAGACAUUUCUAGAAUUUUGUAAACAAAGACGGCGCUGGACACCUUCAACGUUAGCAAACAUUUUGGACGUCAUAUGGCUGAAAAGCAAGGAGGUUCGGCAAAUGAACCCUUACAUCAAUAAACUUUAUCUCCUUUAUCAGACGUACCUGUUAGUGUCCUCUGUCGUCACUCCUGGGACCAUCUUUCUGGUCAUUGUCGGGGCGUUAGUCACAGCUUUUCCCGAAUUGCCUCUGUGGGUGGCUCUCCUGUUGAAUGUUAUACCAAUAGCAAUCCUAAUGAUCAUUUGUGUAAUGACUGAUAAGGACGAAAUUCCUAUUUACUACAGUGGUGUUUUGUCUACUGUAUACAGUCUACUUAUGAUUGUUCUACUAAUUGGGCUCAUAAUAGAGGCGAAGCAGAGUGAUUUCUGCUCGAUUUCAACUUUUUUCUUCGCAUUUGUGGUUGGAGUGUUUUUUCUCUCUGCAAUGCUUCAUCCGACGGAAUUUAAAUAUAUAUGCUACGGAGCAAUGUAUUUCUUUGCCGUGCCGGCAGUGAGCAUGAUAUUAGUCAUAUAUAUUCUUGGGAGCUUACACAUACUGAGAUGGGGCACGCGAGAAAAACGAUCAGACUACGUCAUUGAUGACGACAAGUUAUCUUUAUUGGAUAGAUGUUGUGGUCGACAGAGAGAUGAAAGAGGUGCAGAUGAGUUUUUGUUGCUUUGUAACGAGUCAAACUCCCCUGUCGGUAAAAAAAUAGAAAUUAGAUGCAAUCGGCGAGUGCCACCAUAUUGUAAUGUUGUAUGGAAAAAAGAUGCGAGAGAGAUCAACAACAAUGACAGACGUAUAGAUAUGGUUAACUAUGGGUUUCCUAAACUCGUUAUCAACAAUGCAAAGAGCAGUGACUCGGGAUCCUACACUUGUGACGUCACUCAGAUAUCUGGUGGUCAAAUCGAAUUCAAACCUUGUAAUGUGGCUAUUAAGGGCAAAAAAGGCAAAGAAGCUGUUCGAUUAUCAACCAACUCCGGAACUAACACAAUAGUAGAGGGUCAUGAUGACGAGAUAGUGUGCAAGAUAUCGGAGAAUAUAGAUAACGAAACCAUAUGGAAGAAGGACAGCACGAUAAUAUCCGUGGAAGAUAACAAAUAUCCCAUUAAAGAUGCAACGAAAUCCAUGGCAGGAACAUAUUCGUGUGAAGUGAAAUUCAAGCUAUCUGAGGAUUCAAUUACCAUAGGAAAAUCAAAAGUGGAAAAAGAAGGACAUUACAUAACCUUUAAACCAAGAGACAGUCAACAAGGAGAAGGGUCGAAUGACAUUUCUGUGGUAUGGAAAAUUGAUGACAAAACAACUGAACACUUUGGAAAUUCUGUGGAAAUCGAUGAGGAAACCAAUUUAAAAAUUGACAUAGACAACUGGAACACGGAUAAAUUCAAUGUGUCUCGCACUGUAAAAAACAAAAGGAUUAAUAUAACGGACAAGUUUGAAAUUUGUAAACAAAAUGGAAAGUUUAAAAUAACAGAGAAAAGUUAUAAGAGGAUCUUAAAGAGUUUGAGAAAUGUUCUAAUAGACUCUGAAAUAACAUGGAAAGAAAAUGAUACAAAUAUUGACGACAUUCAAGAGGCAGUAGUUAAGCAGAAAAAGAAGACGGGGAAUAUUACUAUAACAGAUCCAAAAAAGGAAAAUUGCACGUACACGUGUGCUAUAAAGCACCAACCAAAGUCUGACAGCAUUGCAAUUGAAAUAGUCAAGCCCUCGCUUAUAAUGGAGGGUCCUGAUCUUAUAUUGUUAGACUUAAACAAUUCUGAGCCAAACAAUGGUGCUAUAAAAGAAAUUACAUGCAAAACUACCGCAAAAAAAUUGAAAGACGUGAAAUGGAAGAAAGAUAAUGCAGAAAUCAACACCGAAGACCAAAACCAAAGCCUUUCUCUGAAAAUUGAGAAUGCAAACCGAAAACACGCUGGGAGAUAUACAUGCAGAAUAGAAACUUCAACGGGGACUGUAUUAGAAGCAUCGAAGUCUAUAGGAUGUGAGUUAGAUUUUAAUGAGACAGAAGAAUGGCAUAAGUUGAUAAAAGAAUAUUUAUCUCCGGACGAAGAAAGCUUCGAAAAACAGAAAGAAGUCCAUGAACUGAUGCUAUCACUUAGAAACAACGUGUACUUCCUCUUUUUUCUCAUUAACGCCCUUUUUGUAACGUCAAUUUUUAUGAUGACCCAAGUUAACGAAUUCAAAGGAAAUAUCCAAAUUUCUAUACCGUGUCCAAAUAAAGAUGGAAUGUUUGAAGUGGAACCAAUAUCCAUGAUUUUCAUUUUCACUUUUGGACUGACUUUACUUCUUCAACUGAUUGGGAUGGUGAUUCAUCGUUUUAACACCUUUCUUCACCUUGCUUACGACAUAUUUUCUCACAAAGGUGUCAGUCAAACAGCUCAACAUGAAAAUGCUUGAGAAUUCAACUUGUUCUGAAUAUCUUAGGAUGAUAAAACUCAUUCUUUGAUUCUUUAUCCACUAGAAAUCAUUCUCAAUUUACUAUUGUCAACAUCAUUAUGAACAAGAAGCAGUUGAAGAUGCAACGAUAAAAAGGAGUGUAUAUAGUUACCUUUCACAUCUCAUGUAUAUAGUUAUAUAAAUAUAAUAUCAAUAUCACCGAUAAUUGUAGAUAAUUUGAGAGUGAAUGAAAGAGUCAUCAUUAGAAUGAAUAAUGACUUAUUGUAGAAAUAAGAAGAGGUAAUGUAUCGGCCAUGAUAAAAAAAACAUAAUAUUUUUGUGCUUAAACUAGUACAUGUAAAUUCCAGUGCUACAAGACAUAUUCUGUAACUGCCAAUAGAAAAAAGAUUCAGUACAUUUAUUGAUACUUUAAUGUACCGUGUGAGGUGAAUAAGGUGCUUGGUGUCUAAAAUAUGUUCAUUAUUUUGUUUGAAAUGACCCAGGCAAUAUAUGAUAUUUAUUUAAUCACGUGACCAAACCGAAUUGAUAUCCCCAUCAAAGAAUGAUUUCUUAUACAAUACUAUAAUCAUUGUCAAACAUUAUGGUAUAAAAACUCACAGCGUUAAAAAUAUAUGAAUAAUGUUCAUAAAACAAUAAAUUAAAACUAUCAUUAUCUUGAGUAUGAUAAAUGGGCAGCGCUUUAUUGAAUCUGUUCUAAAUGAAUGACCUUGAUCAAUACACUAUGUAUACGUUAAAUGCGUAUUCACUUCAUUACACUGCAAACUUUGUAUUAAAAAAUAAUUAUGUAAUAAUAAAUAUGGUGUAUGUUCUUUAUACGUUAAUAAAUGAAUCGCACUGUGGAAUUCAGACGUUAAACAAAAUUAUAAGAUGUUUUACCAAGUAAUUUAUAAAACGCAGAGAUUUGUGUGAACAUUAUUAGAGGCCAAUUGGAGUUCUGUUGUGUUGUUGUAGUUUUGUUGUUCUCAUUGGUACCAUUAACCACCAUUGCUAUGUAUUUAUUACUUUUCUUCCUUUUGAACAUAGCCAUAAUAUUCUGCAAGUAAAUCAUUUUCUUUAUGUUUAGACCAACUGUGUGCCUAUAUAUCUUUAUUCAUGUUGAUGAUAGUUUUUUCAAACAAAACCUUAAAAGCCGUAUUACUUUCUAUAUCAUUUUACAUUUUGUUGUAUCCACAAUGUAGCUAUAAUAGAUAAAUAUAUUUACGUGUGUUAAAUUCUUUGUUUGAUUUCCUUUUAUGUAAUCUUUUUUUAAAUCUCAAUUAGUCAUUUUAUGAAUGCAUUUAAACAACAUGUACUUUGCAAAGCAGUUUUCAAAUCAUUGCCUCUGCAUUCUUUGUACCUUUUUAUAUACAUUUAUAUGCAACCUGUUUUUGCCACUGCCCUAAUCCCGAGAACACUUUGUUCAAAUACUGAGUAAACGUCAAGGGUUUAUGUGCCAGAUUGUAUAAAAUCGAUUAUAAAUAUGUAACUCGUGUGUUUGUCUUCAGGAGAUAUUGGUAUUUCUAAUAAAUAUA